CUCAAGCUGGGGCCCUGGGCCCAGCAUGUCAGCCCCCUCCUGUGUAUAGGGCUGUGCCCUCUCCCCGUCGGCAUGGCGGAGCUCCGGCAGGUCCCGGGGGGGCGGGAGACCCCUCAGGGGGAGCUGCGGCCGGAGGCGGGGCCGGAUGAAGGCCCCCGCAGCCCAGUCGCCGAGGAGCCCCGCGGGGACGGCAGCAGUAGCAGUGAGGCCAAAGUGUUUCCCGGGGAGGAGGAAGAGCUGGAUCCUAGAAUACAGGAGGAGCUGGAGCACCUGAACCAGGCCAGCGAGGAGAUCAACCAGGUGGAGCUACAGUUGGACGAGGCCAGAACCACCUAUCGGAGGAUCCUGCAGGAGUCAGCGAGGAAGCUUAACACGCAGGGCUCCCAGCUGGGGAGCUGCAUCGAGAAGGCCCGGCCCUACUAUGAGGCUCGGCGGCUGGCUAAGGAGGCCCAGCAGGAGACGCAGAAGGCAGCCUUACGAUACGAGCGGGCUGUGAGCAUGCACAACGCCGCCCGGGAGAUGGUGUUUGUGGCCGAGCAGGGUGUCAUGGCUGACAAGAACCGGCUGGACCCUACGUGGCAGGAGAUGCUCAACCACGCCACCUGCAAGGUGAACGAGGCAGAGGAGGAACGGCUUCAUGGUGAGCGGGAGCACCAACGGGUAACGCGGCUGUGCCAGCAGGCUGAAGCUCGGGUGCAGGCCCUGCAGAAGACCCUCCGGCGGGCUAUUGGCAAGAGCCGCCCCUACUUUGAGCUGAAGGCUCAGUUCAGCCAGAUCCUGGAGGAGCACAAGGCCAAGGUGACAGAGCUGGAGCAGCAGGUUGCUCAGGCCAAGACUCGCUACUCGGUGGCCCUGCGCAACCUGGAGCAGAUCAGCGAGCAGAUUCACGAGCGCCGGCGGGGCCUGCCCCCUCGCCCGCCUGGCCCUCGGCGCUCUUCCCCUGUGGGCGCUGAGGCCAGGCCCCAGGAGGAGGAGGACGGAGACAGUGGGAUCAUUGAGGGGGCCGAGGGUGAGGCCCCAGAAGAGGGCUGCAGCCUGGGGCUUGGUCCUGCCCCUGAUGCAGACACGGUAAGCCUGCUGAGCCUGCGCACAGUGGCCUCAGACCUGCAAAAGUGUGACUCCGUGGAACACCUGCGGGGUCUCUCGGACCAUGCCAGUCUAGACGGCCAGGAGCUGGGCACCUGGAGCGGGGGCCGUGGGGGCCGCCACCAGCGCAGCAUCAGUCUGUAGCCUGUGCUUAGGGGUCUGGUGUGGCCCUUACCCUGCUAGCCCACUCAGGACAGGGGCUCCCAGCUUCUUCCUGGGGUCCUUGCUUCCCCUGGAGAGGUCGGGUUGGCUGUGUCUGAUUCUGUCAUUGUCAUCCCCCCACCUCCCCAGUGUUACAGGUGACAGCUCUCUCUGCCUUACUCCCUCAGAAGGCUUACCUCCGGCUCUCACGGUCUGUCCAUUCCCUUUGCUGGUCUCUUUCUAAUUCUUUCCUUCUGCCUGGCUUUUCCCUCAGGGAACUUGGUCUAGGAAGCACAGGGAAGCCCAUCACAGAAGGUGGAUGUGGACCUGAAUCUAGCAUCUCGGGCCCCCAAGCCUGAGUGAGUGGACAGGUGUUCCUCCCAUCUCCCCUUCUCGUGAGGGGCCAGAGGGAGGUGUAGGAGCCCUCCUGGCAGCCUGGCCCCAUGCUCUGCUCCAGCCCGCCUGUGUAUCACCUGUAACAUGCACUGUGGGGCUGUGUACCUGUGGAAGACACAUCCCUGUCCCUUCAGCACUCCCUCCUCAUGACCUCAGCCACUUUGCUCUGGGUGUCCCAGAGCAGGACUUGAGGGUGCUGGUCUCAGGAAAGGUGAAACCCGACCCUGCUGUCAGCAUAGGGGACAUUACCUACUCCGCACAGGCUCCCAUGUACAUGGUGUUUUCCCCAGAAGAGUUGGGCCCUUAACAUUGCCAAGGUGCUAGUGGUCUCUAAUGGGGUCCAUGUGGGGAGUAGAGAUGUUAUGAGGUCCUGAUGCUGAGACCCUUGCCAUCCCUGUUGCCGAGUGAGGUUUACUUUUUAGAGGAUUUUGAGCUGAAUCUCAGCCUAUUCCUAUAGGAUGGAGUUGGGGAAUUUGGUGCUCUUUCCCCAACAAUACCAUACCUACUCCAGGGUCCCUUGGGGAAUGCUAAAGUGUGGCUGCCCUUGGUGUGGGGAGGGGACUCACCCUCCACAGGGAGCAGCUUUAGGUGUUCAGUGGUGCUGCCAGGCUGUGUGUGCGUCUGGCGGGGGGAAGGUGGGGAAGUCUCACCAGGUUGGGGUGCCUUGGGAGGACUGGUCCUUCUGUCCCACCCUAGGAGGGCUGAGAGCUAGACUGGGUAGUAGGGCUGUACCUAGGCCUGUGUGCUGCUGCCAUUGACUGGGAGCAGUGGGGUCUUCACAUGGACGGUGUGUCCCUGUUCUAGGGUUGAGGUAGGAUGGUCACAAUGAGAACCUGUGGGUUUGAGGUGGCCGUGGGUGAAGGGAAGAAAGGGAAGAUGUGCCCGUGUGUGUGUGUGCAUGUGCUGGUGUAUGGGGGGAAAGGAUCUGCCCUGAUUUUAUUUAAAUAAAAUAGUUUAUGUAACAGUAA